AUGCCACGCUCACCCGGGCUCCUCCUGCUGCUGCUUGUGCUGCAGCCGCUGCCAGCCCUGGGCCUCGGGCUCCGCAGCGCAGGCGGACGAAAGCCGGAGUGCGGUCCGUGCCGACCCGAGCGCUGUCCCGAGCCCGCGGGCUGCCCGGUGCCUGGCAUCGUGGCGCGCGACGAGUGCGGCUGCUGCGCGCGCUGCCUGGGCGCCGAGGGCGCGAGCUGCGGGGGCCGGGCCGGCGCGCGUUGCGGCCCAGGGCUCGUGUGUGCCAGCCGCGCCGCGGGGGCCGCGCCCGAGGGCACCGGGCUGUGCGUGUGCGCGCAGCGCGGCUCGGUCUGCGGCUCCGACGGCCGGUCGUACCCCAGCGUUUGCGCGCUGCGCCUGCGCGCCCGCCAGGCGCCCCGCGCGCUCCCUGGCCACCUGCACAAGGCGCGCGACGGCCCCUGCGAAUUUGCUCCUGUGGUCAUCACCCCACCCGAGAGUGUUCACAAUGUCACUGGGGCACAGGUGUACCUGUCCUGUGAGGUGAGGGCUGUGCCCACCCCAGUUGUCACGUGGAGGAAGGUCACACGGUCUCCUGAGGGCACCCAGGUAAUGGAGGACCUGCCUGGGGACCACAUCAACAUAGCUGUCCAGGUGCGAGGGGGCCCUUCUGACCAUGAGGCCACGGCCUGGGUUUUGAUCAACCCUCUGAGGAAGGAAGACGAGGGGGUGUACCAGUGCCAUUCAGCCAACGCAGUCGGGGAGGUCCAGUCACAUGGCACGGUGACCGUGGUAGAUCGGAGUCAGUACCGAGCACCCCGCUUCCCCGCUCCAGAUGACCGCCUGUGAUGGGGGCACGGUCUUAGAAACUUGAUCACAGGAUGAUGGAAAAGUCAAGUCAUGGAUCAUUUCACUUUGUGAAGAAUUAGAAAAACUGUGUUUGUGGAUGACCCCUUUUGUAUGUUUUUAAAUAUUAGAUGCAAACUAGAUUCGUAUGCAGAUGUAGUUUUUAGCAGGGCAAACAAACCUUGGGAAAACAGACUGCAUGUAGCCUUUUUAUACUUUUGAAAUGAAUAGCUCUGUGAGAAUUCUUUUUUAGCUUCUCCCUCCAAGGGAAGGUCACAUUUAAGUCCAUGUAAUUCUACAGGGCUGGACCAAAGUGUGUGUCCGCUGUGACUCUGCCUCAUUUGUCUAUGGUUGAUUACUGGAGCUCUGUGAUAGACAGUGUGUGUUUUAGGAGGAGGGGGAAGGUCUUGCUGUCCUCUGCCUGACCUCUAAUUUGCUGUGUGAUCUGGAUAGUUCCCUCCCUCUCUGGGCCUUGAUCUCUUCAGCUGUGAAUGUGCUAUUUAGACUGUAUGUAACCUAUGUCCUUUCAAACACUGCCAUCCUGGAGUAAGAUGGUCCUACAGAAAAAAUAUGAGAAGUGUAGUCUCAGCAUUCUUUUAAAAAUAAUAUUCCCUCAAAAACAAAUGCAUUGCUUCACAUGAGGGUAUGGAGAGCUGGCUAUAGCUUAUCUAUUCCUGCUAUUUUCCCAUUUUAAAGAGAUUUAGUCCUACAUGGAACACUUAACCAGGUUCAGAGGCUGGGUAUUUGGGGACUAAGAUAUCCACUUAUUAACAAGCCCAGUAUUCUCUAACCAAGCAGGCAGUGGAGACCUGGCUUUUGGACAUCAGAUUGUAAAAAAGAGUCAACUGCUCUCUCUGGGCUGUAGAUUAGAGUGUAGUAAAGUGUAUUUUACUUAGAGAUGUUCUGAGUUCACCCAGAAACAAAACUUGCUUGCUUUUUUCUUAAGAAAGAAAGACGGAGAGUAUUUAAAAUCUGGCUAAAGAAAUAGAUCCCCUGGGUGACGAGUAAAAUUCUUUAAAAUCAAAAUUGGGAUUUCACAUGUGGAUAGUUGUUAAAUUUCACGAAACACUUCUCUGUCUAUGGUCACUUCCCAUCUCUGGGAUGGCAGGUGGGAUGCGCAUUAAUAUCCCUCCCCCUUUACAGAUGAAGAAACCAAGCUCUGAGAGCACAGUGCUUGCCUGAGGUCUGAAGCCUCUGAGGACUGGAGCUGAGGGCGCCUGGUCCCCUGGCACCCUUUCCACUCCAUGGUGCUACUUCUCAGAACAAUUUGUAUCCUUGGGAAGGAAGAUGCUGCCAGUUCCAUGGGUUUCAGGGAUUCUCCUCAAGGUCUGUCUCAACUUUUAAACCAACACUCUCAUGACGCUCACUUUGAGCAUCGCAUUUUAGAGUCUUUUUGGAAUUGCAUUUUCUUCCUUUAAGCCUGGCUAUUCCACAUCUGAAAUGUUGGGGUGGCAUCACCCUAACGAACACAGCAGGGGACUGUCCCAAGACUCGCAGAAACAUGAGGUUCAUUUGGGAAUGCGUCCGUAUCUUGCUGGGUGACCCUGAGCAAGUCUCCUUCACUUACUAAAGAAGGGAAUGAAACUAGAUCAGUGGUUUUCAAACUUUAAAACAGUGGAACCCCUUCUUUGAAUAAAGUCAGAACUGAAACUGA